GGCGCAAGAAUCCCGCAAGAAGAAAGAGCCACUCUCCUUUUUUCCAACCUGAUGAGAACGGAGUGAAGCCGAAAGCAUUUUCAAGUCUUUGAUUUAGGUCAUAUGGCAGCCAGCGACAGCCAUCACCGCUCCACCUGAGCUCUGCAACUUUACUUUGAAGGCGGAUUUUCUUCCUUCUUCUUCUUCUUCUUCUUCUUCUUCUUGCCGCUCAAGUUUUUCCUCACAGCCAGAUCUCUGUCAGGGAGCGCAAGGAGGCAGGGCUGCGUUCCAAUUCAUUAAAGCUCACAUUGUAGACGGAGAAGGGUGUCUUUCUGUGCUGGCCCGGACCUCGUUUCAACCCCUAAACGUCCUGCCUGAGUUUGUGAGGAUCACCACCAUCACCACUUUACCAGGAUGAGGCAUGUAUCUCCGCACUGGCUGAGGGACGUGUCCCUGCUCCUGCUGCUCCAGACCGCAACCUCCAUGGUGAUGCUUUCAAACUCCACAGGCUGGGAGCGGAUCCUGGACAAGUAUCUGGAUGAGAAGGGGGAUUGGUGGGAGGCCAAGCAGAGGGGGAAGAGGGCCAUUACCGACAGUGACGCUCAGCUCAUCCUGGAUCUUCACAACAAGCUCAGAGGCCAGGUUUAUCCUCCCGCUUCUAACAUGGAGUACAUGGCCUGGGACACCGAGUUGGAGCGUACAGCAGAAGAGUGGGCAGAAACCUGUCUGUGGGAGCACGGUCCUGCAGGUUUACUGCCACAAAUUGGACAGAACCUGGGAGCACACUGGGGAAGGUAUCGUCCACCCACGUUCCACGUGCAGGCCUGGUAUGAUGAAGUGAAAGACUAUUCCUUCCCUUACCCUCAGGAGUGUAACCCCUAUUGCCCCUUCAGAUGUUCCGGCCCAGUUUGUACUCAUUAUACGCAGCUGGUUUGGGCCACCAGCAGUCGGAUAGGCUGUGCCAUCAACAUGUGUUACAACAUGAAUGUGUGGGGACAGAUUUGGGCCAAAGCCGUCUAUCUUGUCUGCAACUAUUCACCAAAGGGAAACUGGUGGGGCCAUGCGCCUUACAAACACGGGACUCCGUGCUCUGCCUGUCCUCCCAGCUAUGGAGGAGGUUGCAAGGACAACCUCUGCUAUAAAGAUGACAGCUCCUACCCUCCACAAGAGGAAACGGAAGAAAACAACUUCAUCGAGCCGGAGGCCCCCCGUACUCCGCAAAAGCCCCGGUCUAGGGCCCCUAAGCCUGAGCCUCCCAGUCUCCCCACCCCAGCCCCCACCAAGCCCCCCACGGUGGACCUGCAGAAGAAUGAAGUGGUGAACACACAUCAGAUGUCUCAGCUUGUGACCUGUGAUACUAAGCUUCGAGAUCAGUGUAAAGGAACACCAUGUAAUAGAUAUGAGUGCCCAGCUGGGUGCCUAGAUGCUACUGGAAAAGUAGUUGGGACAGUAUACUAUGAAAUGCAAUCCAGUGUGUGCAGAGCUGGUUUACAUGCUGGUGUCAUAGAUAAUGAUGGAGGAUGGAUGGAUGUAACAAGACAAGGCAGAAAGGACUUUUUCAUCAAAUCCAACAAGAACGGAGUCCAGUCUGUAGGAAAAUAUCAAAGUGCUAAUUCCUUCACAGUUUCCAGAGUAGCAGUCAAAGCCAUCACAUGUGAAACCACCGUUGCACUGCUCUGUCCAUACCAAAAGCCUGCAAAACAUUGCCNUAGGUUAUAUUGCCCGAAACACUGUUUAGAAGAGAAUCCUCACAUAUCCAGAGUAAUUGGUACCAGAAUAUACUCUGAUAAGUCCAGUAUAUGCCGAGCAGCGGUCCAUGCUGGAGUAAUCAAGAAUGAUGUGGGUGGUUACAUUGAUGUGAUGCCGGUGGACAAGCGGAAACACUACAUUGCUUCAUACCAAAAUGGCAUUUUCUCAGAGAGCCUUCAAAACCCUCCUGGAGGGAAGGCGUUCCGGGUGUUCGCUGUGAUUUGAGUGCCCCAGAGGGGCGGCUUCACCAAACAGAAAGCGCACUUGGGCUGUUGAAUAGGCGGUAAUCAAGUCCUGUUGUCAAACUCAAUGACUGAAAUGUUUCUGGCUUUGCUACACUUCAGGGGUUAGAGGUCGUCUCCAUGACAGCAUAAAACCCAGCAACAAAAACGUAACACAUACACAAUGAGCAACUGUCUGUCUCACUCGCAUGGAGGUUUCAUUUUGUCAUCUUUAACGGGAAAUUUUCUGUACUGUAAAUAUCUCUGAAUAUUUUGUUGUACAUAUUUGUUAAUAGUAUUACACUUGUUUUGUCUUCGUGCCAUUGCCUUGCCUUUCUAACAAAUAGCUGUGUAUGAAUACUGAUAAUAAAACUUCCAUGAUAUAACAAUAUAAUGGCACUUAAGGAUGAAUAUCAUUUUUAUUGUAUUAAGUCUGGCACAUUUUAGUGGUGCUCUGGAGAGGUUUCUUGUCAUAUUUUGUACUUUUGUAAUGAGUGGGGAACAAAUUGUUAAGCAUUUAUUUUUAUAUGAUUAUGCUUUAUAUCAAUAUGAUUUAUAAAGGAUGCUGCUAUAUAUUUUUUGUAUUGUUAUUGUAAUUGCCAGUGUGAUGGGUUUUGUUUGUUUGGUUAUUUUUCAAGAUAAUAUGGUUCAGUUAAAACUCCCUGCAGGUCGGGAAGUACACUCAUUCUUUCAACAAAACCUAUGUGCCCGACUUCAUCAUGCAUCACAUUUUACUGGAUGUCGCAACCCCAAAGAUGUUUUCAGGUCAUAUAUAUAUUAAUUUCCCUUUAUGGACAUGAUAAACAAUACUAUACAACAGUUUUAUUUCAUACAGGGAUUUUAAAUCAACAGAUAUAAUUGUUCAUAUUUUUUACCAGCUCUCAGCUUUCUUUCAAGCUGCAAUCAGUAUAAUGAGCAAUUAAUUGUACUUUUUUCAUUGUUUCUCUAAGCGUUAUAUGUAUUUUCCUACCUCAAGUUGUUAGGAAAAGUCCC